GACUCUGUCUGAGUGACAGGCAGCGAAGAGAGGAGCUGAUAUAUAUAAGAAAGGAUCCCGAGCGAGCAGGUUUCAGUAGCGGCGCUUCUCGCCGACCAGGAACACAAAACCUAGGACCGCAGCCCAAAGCCGCUCCGUUGCUGCCGUGCCCGGCUCCGGCUCCGGCUCCGGCCCCUCUCCAGGCCCCAGCCCCAGGAUUAGCCCGAGGACACGUCCUUCGAGCGGCCGGCGCCCAGUCGCCCUCACCUGGAUUACCUGCCUGGGGGCGGACCGGGGGAGGGGGGAACAUCAGCAGCGGAACCAGCCACCAGCGGGCGACCAGGGAGCCGAACCCCACGAGGAGCCAGCCCUUCACCCACACUCCCCGCAGGCGGGUAGACGCGCGGGAAAAGCCGCAUCUCCAACGGGACCAGAUUCGGGGAGACCCGAGAGCGACGCUCCCCGGCGGGGAAGGGAUGGAGGCCGCGUCCCGGAGCGCCUCUUGCUGGGCGCUACUGCUGCUGGCGACGCUUUGGCAGCAGCGCGCGGCGGGCUCCGGCGUCUUCCAGCUGCAGCUGCACGAGUUCGCCAACGAGCGCGGGGUGCUGGCCAGCGGGCGGCCGUGCGAGCCCGGCUGCAGGACUUUCUUCCGCGUCUGUCUGAAGCAUUUCCAAGCCGUCGUCUCGCCCGGGCCCUGCACCUUCGGCAGCGUCUCCACGCCGGUACUGGGUACCAACUCCUUUGCUGUCAGGGAAGACAGUAGCGGCGGGAGUCGGAAUCCUCUCCAGUUACCCUUCAACUUCACCUGGCCGGGUACCUUCUCCCUCAUCAUAGAGGCUUGGCACGCGCCGGGAGACGACCUGCGGCCAGAAACCUUGCCAUCAGAUGCGCUCAUCAGCAAGAUCACCAUUCAAGGCUCCCUUGCUGUGGGUCAGAACUGGUUAAUGGAUGAACAAACCAGCACCCUCACAAAGUUGCGCUACUCGUACCGGGUCAUCUGCAGCGACAACUACUAUGGGGACAGCUGCUCUCGCCUGUGCAAAAAGCGAAACGACCACUUUGGACACUAUGUGUGCCAGCCAGAUGGCAGUCUGUCGUGCCUGCCUGGUUGGACUGGGGAGUACUGUGAACAGCCUAUCUGUCUUGCUGGCUGUCAUGAACAGAAUGGUUACUGCAGCAAGCCAGCUGAGUGUCUCUGCCGCCCAGGUUGGCAGGGUCGCCUGUGCAACAAGUGUAUCCCCCACAAUGGCUGUCGCCAUGGUACCUGCAGCACCCCGUGGCAAUGUACCUGUGAUGAGGGCUGGGGUGGCCUGUUCUGUGACCAAGAUCUGAACUACUGCACCCACCAUUCCCCGUGCAAGAACGGGGCGACGUGCUCCAACAGUGGGCAGCGGAGCUACACCUGCACUUGUCGCCCGGGCUUCACUGGCGUGGACUGUGAGCUGCAACUCAAAGAGUGUGACAGCAACCCCUGUCGCAAUGGGGGCAGCUGUCAGGACCAGGAGGAUGGCUACCACUGCCUGUGUCCCCCAGGCUACUAUGGCCUGCAUUGUGAACAAAGCACCCUGACUUGCGCUGACUCCCCCUGCUUCAACGGGGGCUCCUGCCGGGAGCACAACCAGGGUGCCAGUUAUGCCUGCGAAUGUCCCCCCAGCUUCACUGGCUCUAACUGUGAGAAGAAAGUGGACAGGUGCACCAGCAACCCAUGUGCCAAUGGUGGCCAGUGUUUAAACAGAGGUCCAAGCCGCACCUGCCGCUGCCGUCCGGGAUUCACGGGCACCCACUGUGAACUACGCAUCGCCAACUGUGCCCGCAGCCCCUGUGCACACGGGGGCACUUGCCAUGACCUGGAGAAUGGAUCUGUGUGUACGUGCCCAGCGGGCUUUUCGGGCAGGCGCUGUGAAGUGCGGACACCCAGUGAUGCCUGUGCCUCAGAGCCCUGCUUCAACGGCGCCACCUGCUACACGGGCCUAUCCCCGGACAGCUUCAUCUGCAAUUGCCCCUAUGGCUUUGUGGGCAGCCGCUGCGAAUUCCCCGUGGGCUUGCCACCCAGUUUCCCCUGGGUGGCUGUCUCUCUGGGCGUGGGGCUGGUGGUGGUACUGGUGCUGCUGGGCAUGGUGGCGGUGGCUGUGCGGCAGCUGCGGCUACGGCAGACUGAUGAUGGUAGCAGAGAGGCUAUGAACAACUUGUCGGACUUCCAGAAGGAUAACCUGAUCCCUGCAGCGCAGCUCAAGAAUACAAACCAGAAGAAAAAGCUGGAAGUGGACUGUGGCCUGGACAAGUCCAACUGUGGCAAGCAGCAAAACCACACAUUGGACUAUAAUCUGGCCCCAGGACCCCUGGGGAGGGGGACCAUGCCUGGGAAGUAUCCUCACAGUGACAAGAGCUUAGGGGAGAAGGUGCCACUACGGUUACACAGUGAAAAGCCAGAGUGUCGAAUAUCAGCGAUAUGCUCCCCGAGGGACUCCAUGUACCAGUCUGUGUGUUUGAUAUCAGAAGAGAGGAAUGAAUGUGUCAUUGCCACAGAGGUAUAAGGCACGAGUUUACCCAGACACCCAGCUUUGGCCCAGGAGCUGGGCCUUCCUUCUGCACUGUUUACAUUGCAUCCUGGAUGGGACAUCUUUAAUAUGCACCGUGCUGCUCUCAACAGAGGAGGAGGGAAUGGCACGAACUGGACAGACUGUGAACUUGCCAAGAGAUGCACCACCCCUGCACACCUUUGGGAGUCUGUCUGGUCUCAGAUGGGCAGACCUACUGGCAAGGGGAACAGAAUUGAGGAGCCAGGGAACAUCAGUUGAGCUGGUGCCCAAGGUGCCACUUGGACCUGUUCUGACAACAGUGGCCUUCACAGGGCUCUUUCUGGGGCUCUGACCUGUUUUCCAGGGAGAGUGGCAGUGGCCCAAUGGGUCUUGGAGCUGCUGUGGCCUCCGUGGGCAUCGGUGUUUCCAAAAGUGCCUUUGGCCCAGGCUCCAUCGUGACUGCUGGGCCCAAAUCAGAAAGGAGAGGAGGCCUGCAAAGGCAGGGCCUCUUGUGGGCAGAAAGCUAUAGGGUGUGGCUUUUGGCAGUAGUUGCCCUACAGGUGAGGUGGGCACCAAAGGGGAAAGGAACAAUUCUUGUCUCUAUGACCAUGGCAUGCAGGCCCUCUCCUGGCCUAGACCUCUGGGCAGGAGCUGGUAGGCUUUACCUGGCUUCUACCACUGGCCCUGAGUGCCUCUGAGAUUAUGAGAGCAGAUGGGCGGAAUGCCUGCCCCUUCUGCCAGCCAGGGUAACGAGGCCUAACUGGGGAGCUCAGGCGGUUAUGCUGAAAAUUCUGGUGAGGAAGACAUAGGGUGCUACUGUGGCCUAGGCCCUUUCCUCCUUCAUGCCUAAUUCAUGCCCCUGAGCCUGGGUUCUGCCUGUGCCCACUACUGCCCCUGGACCACCCUCGAAGCUGAUUUUUUAGAAAUCAAUAAUAUGUUUUAUUUUGUUUGGGGUUUUUGUAGUUUAUUUUGGAGUCUAGUAUUUCGAUAAUUUAAGAAUCAGAAGCACUGACCUUUCUACAUUUUAUAACAUUAUUUUGUAUAUAAUGUGUAUUUAUAAUAUGGAA